CGGGCCAGGCGCUGAGGUGAGCGGAGCUCGGGGGCUGCGAGCGGGCGAUUCCAGCAGGACGCGGCCCCUCCAUCCGCACGGGCCGGAGGUGCCCCAGGGCCCGGGCAGGGCUGGGCCCCGCGGGCAGCCCCGGGCAGCCGCGUCCCGGCAGCGGAGCGGCCCCGAGCCGGCUCCGGCCGAGCGGGGCCGCCGCUCCGGCAGCCGCUGCCCUCGGCGCCGCCGCUGACACCCUCCGUGCCUGCGCUGCCGGCAGCUGCCCCUGCACAGCCCUCGCCUCCCCGCUGCGCUCUGCCCUGCGCUCAGCCAGCCCGGCGGAGCCCGCACGGCCCCACCCAACCACCCCGAGAUGGCACAAGGCGGGCGCCGCCCUCAACCUGGGGACCUGAUCGAGAUCGAUCGGCUAAUUUAUGAGCACUGGGCGAUCUACGUGGGGGAUGGAUAUGUCAUCCACGUGACAGAUGACGGAGGAGCCUCAUCCGUUUUUGGUAGCAGCUCAUCCGUGGGUGCCGGAAAAGCCAAGGUUAAGAAGGAGCUCCUGGAGAAGGUGGUGGGAAAUCACAAAUGGCGUGUCAACAACAAGUAUGACCGCUCCCGCACUCCUCGCCCCGUGCGGGAGAUCAUCCGGCGUGCUGAGCAAUGGAUUGGCAAGGAGGUGUCAUAUAAUGUGUUUAGCAAAAACUGUGAGCACUUUGUGACAGAGCUCCGAUACGGUGAAGCAGUCUGUGAGCAGGUCGAGGGAGCAGCUUUUGACGGUGUUGCCGCAGUAGCCGUAGGUGUUCUUGGAGCUGUUGCCGCUGUAGCUGCGAAGGCAUUCCUGAGGAGAUAGUGCUACUGAUUGCUUGUCGGGAAGACCUCCGAGCAUCGCAGGGGGUGAUCCUGGCAACGGUGGUCACUGGUCAGCUUUUGCUACAUCUGUCCUCAAGGAUUUCUAGCAACAGGGUACAAUUGGUGUAAACGUUAAAUAAGCCACAAGGAAAUUUCUGAAAUCUAAACUCCUAUUUCCCUGAAAUUUUUGUUUAUCUAUCUCAGUAUAACAUUGUCUGCCAGUUUAACAUUUUUGCCUUGCUUCUCGCUGCCAUCCCAGUAAUGAAUAACAAGUUGAGAUUGUCACCAUUCAAAGUGAUCCCCAGCAGCUCUAGCCUGCUUACCACGUGAGAUUUUAUUUUACUGUGUGUGAUGGUUUUUGUGGUAGUCUGGGAGAAAUUGCAAGCAAGUUAUCCAUUCCUUCCCCAUCCCACACACCUCCCCUGGAGUGCUUUGCUGAGCACUGGUGCAGACUUUCCCUCCUGAUUUGAUCAGGUAGCUCCUGGAGGCUCAUUCUGUGUAUCAGUGAAAUAAAAAGGACUGCUGAGGGUUCA